GUGUGUGAAUGCUUGCUUAUCCUUUGUAUAUUGUUGGUGUUAGGUGGCAUUGUGUGUGUGUGUGUGUGUGUGUGUGAGGGGCGGCGAGUACUGAUAGCGAGUGGCGGAGAGGCGGCGCUGGCCAGAGUUCGCAUCACCGUCGCAUCGUCAACAUGGAGGCGAUAAAAGUGACGGUGGUGGUAGUGGCAGUGUUGGCAGUGAUGGUGGCGGGUCAGGGAGAAACACCGGACCUGCCUGACAUCUGGAAGGUGGUGGAGGACUCUUAUGACUCUUACCUCACCGUCAACUUCCCAGACCUCGACCCCGGGGCGACCAUGCUGGUGGACGAGCUGUACGACAUCAAGGAGAAAAAGGGCGUGGUGGAGGUGGUGUCCAAGGGAAUCUCAACCACCAACAACUACUACACUUCCAACCAGCAGUUCUUCCUGGUGGUGGGAGAGACAUGCAGUGUAAAAACGGUGGGGAUGGAGGACAAUUACCGGCUGUGGGGUUGGAACUACAACUUCUCCAUAUCUUCGGGAGACAACAUUCUGUACGGCCCCUCAGCCCUCCUCAGGAUCCCUAAGGACUUCGGCAAGGAUGCGACAUUCGGAGGCGAGACAACGGUGCGGGACAUUAGGGCUUUCCGAUGGACCAUCUACCACCCCAGCAAGCACAUCAUCGACUACUAUUUCGCCGCCGAUGACUGGCUGAUGCCAUACGGUGCUUCUCUGGACGGCAUCAGUCUGCAGGCGCCACUGCUUAUCACGGUGAACGGUUUCCAGGGCGACCCGUGGAACGUGGAAGUAGCUGAGAAAAAUCAGACAGUUUACUACGAAUACACUGACUUCAAGCCUUUCGUAGCACCCGACCGGAGGAAAAGGUUCUUGGUGAGGGGUGGUCUGGAUUGCACAGACAGGAAGACGCUGGACCCACACUACGUCAAACCCCCGAACGCUCCCAGCCGAUUCCAGGUGUUCAUGGAGAUAGUCUUGUGGCCUCUAGAAGGUGUCAUUGAGUCCUUCGUCAUUAAGACCUGGCUCUACUACGAUAGCGCGAAGCACCUCCUUCGUUUGGACAUGAACCCAGGCCAGGAUACUCAGGAUCCAGAGGCCACCUACAAGAGCAUCCACGACUAUAACACAGGAAUCGAGUACCGCAUCGACUUCAACACAGGGGAGUGCCAGAUGCAUGCCCUCGACGACAACCAGUUCGGGAACCAGAUAAGUAGCACCACCCUCGGCGGCAUCAUCAUGGCAGAUCCAGACCACCUCUUCCACCUUGAUGACAAGUACGUGUUCAGCGGGUUCUCCGAGACUAGGGGCAUCAAGACGACUCGCUGGAGUGCUGUGAGGGACGACAUCUACGACACAGAGAAUCAAGUAAUGUUCAAGAAAGUGGUCGUCGAUUACUACUUCAACUCGGAGGAUGUAGUGCAGGAGGGCGAGAUGGAGGGCACCACGCUACCCAUACGAUUGGACGCAACUGUGUACUACAACAACGACACCAACAAGGUCAGCUACCGCGACACCGUCAACCUCCUCCACAUGCAGACGUCCUUCCAGGAGUACGACUUCAACCCCUUCCACGUUGGCGAGUGCAUGGACCACAUCACGGGCAGAACCUGGCUGAAGAUUACCUUUGAGGGUGACUGGAUGCACGGCGCCUCGCAGAUGCCAGGCGAGUUCAAAACACAGCUAAUAGACUAUGUGGCGACAAAGACCAAGUCCUCCUACGUUAGGUUCCCGGAGGUGCAGUUGGACCACGACAUGAGUGACUUCGUGUACGCUACGAUGUUGCUGCUGGAGCCCGCCCCUUACCUGCUACAGUUCCACAAGCUUCAGGACCGAGUGCCUACAACCAGCGAGACUCAGAUCCAAGUAAAGAUGCAUGAAGAAGAAAAUUGUGCCUACACUUGUCUCAGCUAUGAAAAGUUCGUCUGCAAAUCUUUCUACAAAUGCAAGGGAGACGGCAAAACCUGCUACGUGAGUAACUACAAGAACCCUGUCGGCCACGACUUAAACAUGAAGGCGUGCCCCCACUACAGCAAGUCGCUCGUCACCGAUAGCAAGGCGGUGCAGGAAAUGAACGCCGUGGUCGAGGCGACACUGGCGUUUUCUAUCAUGACGGAAAACUUUACUAUCGAGCUGGAAUACAAGGAUCAUGAUGGGGUGGUCCAGAAAGGGAAGUACCGCGCACUGUUCGAGACGGAGGAGCUCAACGGUGACGACCCCGCGUUUGUCGACUUUGUGCGAGACGACUUCUCCGUGCUUAAGAAACGAUACAAGCUAGCUGCCAAAUUCACUGACCUCAGGAUAACCAAGGUGAGCUACGCCACCUGCCUUACCAAGUGCCUGGGUCAGAUAAGCUUCGAGUGCGAGAGCUUCUCCUAUUGCUACGACUCCGAGGACUGCAUGCUGUCUUCCAAAGCAGAGGAGAAGCCCCCGCCAGACGUUGACCUCGUUUCGCAGCAUGAUUGUGUCGUUGUUGGCCGUUCCCAUUUGAAUGACUACACGCUGCUGGAGGGUUUCGUGUACCUGGGUGACCCUAAGGAAAUCCAUACCACCCUCACCCCAGAGAGAUGCGCUUACUUCUGUGACAACACUACUGACUUCACCUGCAGGUCCUUCGACUUCUGUCUGGACUCUCUCAAGUGCAGCCUGUACGACCAUCACACGGCCGACGCCCCCGACACCAUGUUCAACAGCAGCAAGGACUGCAUGCACUUCUCCCGUAACGCCCUCGUGGACUUCACCAAGCACGCCAACCAGAAGAUUGAUGGCUCGAGGGACAGGUACAUCAAGGACACCUCGCCUGCUGCUUGUGCCCAGGUGUGUGAGGACGACCCAGACUUCGGGUGUAACGGGUUCGACUUCUGCAACGAGCAAGAGUCAGGGGGCAUAACGUGCUUCCUCACCCAGGACCACUACUCGGACGAAGGCACCCACAUCAGCGACUCCCUCACCUGCGAUCACUACUCACGGGACUAUUACGAGGGGCAGGACAGGAAUAGCUACGCCCACAACAAGAAUACGAACUAUAUCUAUGGACCAGGAGACAUGGCGGGGCUGGCUUGCUCCAUGCUCGUCAUUUCCAUCGGUCUCACCUUCGCCGGGGUCUACGCUUACAACAAAUACAAGAAGUAAGCACCAACACAUGAGCCUCCGCCACUCCGCACCUAUCUGAGCGGCGGAGGAUUCUAGAGGAUAAACAAAGCAGCGUUCGGAUCUGCUGAAAGUUCGAAGCCAACACUGACUCGAAUGCAACCGCUGAACCUUUGCUUUUUUUUAUAUAUAUAUAUAUAUAUGUAUAUAUAUAUAUAUAUAUAUAUAUAUAUAUAUAUAUAUAUAUAUAUAUAUAUAUAUAUAUAUAUAUAUAUAUAUAUAUAUAUAUAUCUUCUUGAGCUGUUAGAUUUAAGACACUCUGUAAAUAUCUUCCACUUAACCGUGUAAAAAUCAUCCUCUGUGUAAUCAAAUAAUGCGCUAAGUAGCACUGGCUAAAGAUCUGAUAUAUAGUAAUUAUUGCACGAGUAGCUUACAGUACCAUACCUAAGAAGCGUUGAUCUGGAACAUUAUAUACACGAUGUAAGCUUCUAUAACUGUUUUAAUAAAUUAGUAUGUAGGA